AUGGCUAUUUUGAGGACACACAGAGUAUGUAAAUCAAACCUGAAGAAAAGUGGAAAGGGAAGGAAACUUUGUAAGUUUUUUGAAGAACUGGACGCCAUUCUUGGUACCAGACCAGCCUCGUCGCCUCUGAAGGUUAUAGAUACAUUGACCAAGAAAGUCGAAGAUGAAGGAGGGGAUUCUUGUGAACCUGAUGAUACAGCACAGGCAAACACACAGGCUGUUGGUGAGAGUUGUGCUGACAUUACACCUCUUGCUGAUAAUGAAACUGAAAGGGAUGAAAAGGAUGCAUCUGACACGGAAAGCAGAAAGAAUAAAAGAAAGGAAUCCACUGAAGGGGAAAGUGAAAAGGUGAAAAGCGAGAAGAAAAGAGCUCGGAAGACGAGGAUGGAAGUACCACUGAAAUCUGUGAUGAAUGGAUUUAGUGCAGCAAACGAGAGAGCUGAUGAUAAGGUUCUUGACCUUGAACGCCAGAAAAUAGAACUUGAACGCCAAAAGCUUGAUGUCGAGAAAGCCAAGAUCGAAUCAGAUGAAAGACAGAAGCGUGAAGAGAGACAGCACCAAUUCAACAUGAUGAAUAUGAUUAUGAGAGCUGAACGGAGGACAGGACAACAGCCCCCACCUGUCCCAUACAGCACGGGUCGUACAGCUCAGUAUGAUGGAGGUGAAACGCUUUGA